GGUGAUUGACUUCCCUUGCCAUAGAGCGAGGCAUGCCGCCAUAUUGAAUAACCAUGCACGACAUUUCAACUGGGCUGUGAUUGGCUACAACGAAAAUGAAGCAUGCUGUCAAGUUUGACGUAUUUCGUAUUUACGAAAACAAAAAUUUUCAACCGCCAUUACAGUUAUUGUGUCGAUCGAGUGAAGAAGUCUCUACUUAUCCUCUCCACUUUAUACUUUCUGUGUACUGUGUCGAUUGAGUGAAGUAGUUUCAGCUUAUCCUCUCAGCCUUAACUGUAAUAGGGCGCUUUGAGUCCGAUUUUCAUCUUGGUCAAGAUGUUUCGGAAGUGCUGUGUGUGUAAAACAUCGCGACAGGACGCUAUUUUACAUCGUUUUCCUAGCAAUGAGAUAAGACUCAAAGAGUGGUUAAAGUGUGUGAAUCGUGAUGAUCUUAAGAACUUACCAUCGAAGAAAUUGAUAAACCUUUUCGUUUGUCACCUACACUUCGAAAAGAAAUUUAUUAGCUCAUCGGGAUCACAUCUGCUAAACAAGGCAUAUCCUUCUUUGUUUACCGAAGAAGAGAUUUCCAGUGGAGUACCGUCCCAAGGAAACACUGAAAAUGUGGAUCCUAUAUGUGAGCACAGCUAUGCACGCAAAACACACUUUGACCACACAUAUAGCAGGCGGGAACCUUUAAGAGAUUCCAUUGGCGUCAGUGAUUUACGGAAUAAACCAGGAACUUCUCAAAAUCCAUAUGUAACUUCAGCUUACUGUACAGAAGCAGUUACCCAGAUUUCCAGUGAUCUUGAGAGUGUAUCUGGAACUUCCCAUUUAUCAGUGAAUAACACUCUGGUGAACUCAGCCUUAAAUCAAAUUGAGAAAGCCAGACAUGUGAUGGUGCCAAAAGCAAGAAAGCGUAUCAUUCAUAAAAUAAAAGAUUUGACACCAACGGCAAAGUGUAUCUAUCAAGAGUACCAAAGAGCUAAGCGGCAAAAAGAUUUUUACAAGAGAGCCAAAAGAGCCUUGGCUUUUACAAAGGAACAGUUAUUCGAAAAACUAACAAAUGAUAUGAAUCCAUAUGCUAGAAAGAUUAUGAACAUGCAAAUUAAACUUUGCAACAAAAAUAAGAAAGGCAGAAGGUUCACUAAUGAAGAAAAAUUAUUAGCGUUGUGCAUAAUGAAGCAAAGCCCCAAGGGGUAUAAGUUUCUGCACAAUAUAUUUAUAUUGCCGUCUAGGUCGACACUAAAUAACAUGGUGUCCAAAUUUAAUAUACAAACGGGAAUUUGUCCACAACUUUUCAAAUUAAUGAAAGAAAAGGUAGCAUCUUGGAAAGAGAACAAAAAACUUUGUUCGAUAAUCUUUGAUGAGAUAUCAUUGGAGACUGCAUUAAACUAUGACAAAAACAAAGAUAAAAUCACAGGCUUUGUAGAAUUAAAUAAAAAAACGAAUGACUUUGCUGACCAUGCCUUAGUUUUUAUGCUAAGAGGAGCAGUGUUUAAAUGGCAGCAACCACUUGCCUUUUAUUACUGCCAAGGAGCCACCUCAGGCAUCGAUUUGAAAAAUAUUUUAAAAGAUGUUGUGAGUGCUGUUGUCAAAUGUGGCUUAAAACCUAUAGCUUUAAUAUGCGACCAAGGUGCAGCCGUUCAAUCAGCCCUAGGAAGCCUUAAGCAGGAUACACGACGUGAUCAGCUAAUUUCCAAUGAAGAGCCAGAUGGGACUGUGCAAAUAAGUGGAGCGAAAUUGAGCAUUAUUUACGAUCCAUGCCAUCUAAUAAAAGGAUUAAGAAAUAAUUUCUUAAAUAAAAACAUUAUUUUUGAUGGAAAACUUUCAAAAUGGAAUGACAUUGUAGAUGUCUACAAGACUGACUGUAAUCAUACAGAAGCUAGGCUUUUACACAAAUUAACAGACGAACAUGUCGUUCCCGAAAAAAUUAAGAAAAUGAAGGUGAAAAAUUGUGUAUAAGUUUUGAGCUCCACUGUUGCUGCUGCUUUAUCGUAUACAGCACAAUUUUCACACUACGCAAAUGGUACACCGGUCAGUGAGACGUUAAAGAAUACUGCAGAAACUGUUUUAUUCUUCGACCAGCUAUUCGACAGUGUCAAUGGGUCAACCACAUAUUCAAAAAAUAGCAAAGGCAAAUUUU